AUGUCUAGCAGUGAUGAGAGUUGUGUCGAACGUGGGGUCUCGUCCACACUUUGCGGAAACAACCCGGAUCUGGAAGGACAGACGUCAACAGAUUCUUGUGAGAAACCUUUCCAAUGUGGGAUGUGCUUCGAGUGUUUCUCUUACAAGUGUCACAUUAUGCAGCAUAUGUUAAUGCACACUGGAGUUAAGGCUUUUAAAUGUGAAAUGUGUUUGAAAUGCUUCUCAAAGAUUUCGCAUUUAAAAAUACAUAUGAUGUUGAUUCACUCUGGAGAUGGGCCUUACAAAUGUGAGGUCUGUGCAAAGUGUUACUGUGACACUUCCAGUUUGAAACAGCAUAUGCUGGUUCACACUGGAGUUAAGGAUUUUAAAUGUGAGGUGUGUGCAAAAUGUUUCUCACUCAGUUCCAACUUCAAAAAACAUAUGUUGAUUCACACUGGUGUUAGCUCCUUUAAAUGCGAGGUCUGUGCAAAAUGUUUCUAUGGCAGUAGCGACUUUAAGAAACAUAUGCUGGUUCACACUUCAGUUAAGAAUUUCAAAUGUGAAGUGUGUGAAAAACAAUUCACACGAAGAUCCACCGUGAAACGACAUAUGAUCAUUCACACUGGAGUUGGACUGUACAAAUGUGAGGUCUGUGCAAAAUGUUUCCAUGACGCUUCCAGUUUGAAACAGCAUGUGCCGAUACACACCAGAGUUAAGGAUUUUAAAUGUGAGGUCUGUUCAAAAUGUUUCCGUGACACUUCCAGUUUGAAACGGCAUGUGCCGAUACACACCAGAGUUAAGGAUUUUAAAUGUGAGGUCUGUGAUAAAUGUUUCUCACAUAAGUCAGAGUUGAAACGACAUAUGUUCGUUCAUGCUAGUGAUUGCCCUUUCACAUGUGAGGUGUGUGCAAAACGUUUCUGUGGUAAUUCCAGAUUGAAAACUCACAUGUUAAUACACACUGGCGUCAAGUCUUACAAAUGCGACACGUGUGCAAAAUCGUUUUCUCGACGCCCCACCUUGAAACAGCAUAUGUUGUGUCACACUCGAGUUAAGAAUUUCACAUGUAACGUCUGUGCAAAUGGUUUCUUGCGCAAAAACGAGUUGAAGAGACAUAUGUUUAUCCACACCGGUGUUAGUCCUUUCAAGUGUGACUUCUGUGCAAAAUGUUUCUGUGAUAGGUACAAAGUAGAACAACAUAUGAAGACCCACACAGGUGUUAAGUCUUUCGAAUGUGAUGUGUGUGCAAAACGUUUCUUGACGAGCUCCCAUGUGAAACAACAUAUGAAGACCCACACAGGUGUUAAGUCUUUUGAAUGUGAUGUGUGUGAAAAAUGUUUCACACAAAGACCGAACUUGAAAAAACAUAUGCUAGUUCACACAGGCGUCAAGUCUUUCAAAUGUGAGUUGUGCGAAAAAUGUUUCUCACAAAAUUCUCAACUUAAAAAACACAUGACCGUUCACACUGACGUUAGGUCUUUCCAAUGUGAAGUAUGUGAAAUUUUUUUCUCAUAUGAUACCACUUUGAAACAACAUAUGCUGAUUCACACUGGAGUCAAGAAUUUCAAAUGUGAGGUGUGCAAAAAGUGUUUCGCACGCAAUGUCAUCUUGAAACAACAUAUGUCCAUUCAUACUGGUGAGAAACCUUUCAAAUGUGACCAGUGCACAAAAUGCUUUUCUCGGACCUCUCUGCUUAAAAGUCAUCAGCUGAUUCAUACUAAUGAGAAAUCUUUGAAACGUUGA